UCACCGUGCCUGUCUGGAGGAGGCAGCGAUUGGUGUCGUGCGGCUCUUUCAUCACCACCUCCCACCUUUUUCUCCCUUUUUUAAUCACUUGACAGAACACCUCAGAACUGUGAUGAGACUGGCGUUUUUUUUCUUCUUCGCCUGUCUGUAGCUGCCUCUCAAGCCCUGAGCACUUGUUUCCUUAGUACCAUUGUCUUGGUGCAGCAUCCUUUUCUAUCCUUGUACAGCUAUCUCCCCUAGGAUUAAUGUCAGCGCACAGGAACCAGUCUGCGUGUGCCAGUGUUGCUCUAUAAUCCUGCCUGAACAGUGUAUAGCUGACAGCGAGAAGGGUUAAACAGGCUGCAUAAUAGAUUGUUAUGCAUGGACAUGGUGUGAUGUAAUUCAGCGGCUGCCUGUCUUCACAGGCUCUGGGAGGAGGGCUCAUUCUAAGGGCACGCUUUGUUUCUGCAACAUCUGGUUGGGGGAGUAGUGCCGGACAGAUUUGCAUAGUGGAUUUCUGAUUUCUUGGAUGGGUUAUGUGUGUGCCUGGCAAGUCUGGGUGAUGGAAUGAACUGGCUUUUUCAAUUUGCUUCUUCUUUUUUUUUUUUUUUUUUUUCCCUGCCUUCCUUCUGCUUGGCUCUGGAUCAUUGGUGGUGAGCUAAAAAUAUAGUGUGGCAGUACAUGGAGGCAGUUUCUUGCUGGAUUUCCCUCCACUUCCUCUGAAGAAAUGUUAUGGUCUCCCAAAUUUUCCUUAUCCAAUAUGCGCGUCCGGCUGACUGCGAGCGGGCUGCUCCGAAACCUGCGUCUGCCUACUGGCUACCGAAAAAGCAGCGUUGUAUUCCACUCAGUUGAUAAAGGCAAACCGAAGACCAGCCCUCGAGUUCCCAGUACACAGGUACCGGCUGCCCCAGUGGACACACAAGCUGUCGAGUUAGCCCAGUGUAAAGUGGUAUGCGAGGAACAGAAGGGAAUCGUACAGCAGCUGAAAAGUCUCCUCACCUGCAGCAACCAAAAGUUUGAGGCUCUGACAGUGGUCAUCCAACAUGUGAUAAACGAGCGCGAUGAGGCCCUCAAGAAACGCAAAGAGAUCUCUCAGGAACUUCAGAAUUUGCGAGGCGACUUGGUAUCUGCAUCCAGUACCUGUGAGACGUUAGAAAAGGAGAAGAAUGACCUGCUGAUUGCUUAUGAGGGCAUCCUACAAAAGGUGAAGGAUGAGCACAUUGCCGAGUUGUCUGACCUGGAGGAGAAGCUCAAGCAGUUCUACACAGGAGAGUGCGAAAAACUACAGACCAUCUUCAUUGAGGAAGCCGAGAAGUACAAGAAUGAGCUUCAGGAGAAGGUUGAUGAUCUGAAUUGCACUCAUGAAGCCUACAGGCUAGCGGCUGAAGUUAGUCAUGUUGAGGAUCUAGAACACAUAAAGAGCGAAUAUGACAAGUCCUUGACAGGCCUGAAAGACAGCCAAGAACGUGAGAAUAAAGUGUUAGAAGACUCCUUUAAAGAAAAACAAGCUGAGCUAGAGAUUUCAAUUUCUUCCUUUUACAAGAAAAAAAUUGAAGAACUGAAACAGGAGAAUGAAUCUCUAAAGGAGAAACUAAGAGUUGAGGAAGAACAAAGAAAACAAUCCAAAGAGAGAACCCCCCAGAAGAACUCCCAGGUGAUGUAUCUGGAACAGGAGCUGGAGAGUCUAAAGGCCGUUAUGGAAAUCAAAAACGAGAAAUUGCAUCAACAAGACAAAAAACUGAUGCAGAUCGAGAAAUUGGUGGAGACAAAUACAAUUCUGGUAGAACGGCUGAACAAAUGUCAGCAGGAGAAUGAGGAUCUUAAAGCUCGUAUGGCGAAUCACAUAGCGCUCUCAAGGCAGCUGUCUACGGAGCAAGAGGUUCUGCAGCGAUCUCUAGACAAAGAGUCCAAGGCGAACAAGCGGCUCUCGAUGGAAAAUGAAGAACUCCUAUGGAAGUUGCACAAUGGUGAUCUAUGCAGUCCUAAAAAAUUGUCUCCAUCCUCCCCCGGAAUCCCAUUUCACUCAUCACGGAACUCGGGCUCCUUUUCCAGCCCAACAGUGUCACCCAGAUGACACCCCUACAAUGGUUAGACUUCACCGAAACAUUUCAGGACAUGGCGGUGAGAUUGCUUUGAAUAUGUACAGUGGAAAAUAAAAGCUAUAUUAGCUAUCUAACCAUUACACACAACUGGAAUUUGGGAGAAGUCUUCUUCGACCUACUGGAAAUGAAAGGGCGACUUGUUCUUGUUGCUUCUUUUAUCUAAAGAGAAGACUUUGGACUGGGAAAUAAACAUUGUUGCACAAAGCACUUACCUAGCAAGAUACAGCCGUUCUUGCAUUUUGCCUUUUUUCACCUACAGCGAGUAUAUAGGGAAAAAAGCUCAGGGCUUGUAGAUAAAAGAUCACAAACUUUCUAUAGUUUCUUUAUCACCUGUAAUUUUUUUCUCCCCUUGGAUGGGGUGGUUGUAAAGUGAAUGAGAUGGAUGGUAACGCACCUAAAUUGUGUGCCUCAUGCUGCCUGUGUGUUUGUUUUGUUAGGGUUUUUUUUUCUUUUUCUGUCUUUUGUACAGGACUAUAUCCAUGAAACAUGUCUGUAUUUAAAAAAAACGUGUUACUGCUUUAGGAACUCAGCACAAUACAUUGUUGCCUAUUCCUGUUGUAAACCUUUCUAUGGAAGCAUCAGAACACUAUCUAGUAAGGUUUUUGGACCCUCGUGUUGUGCCCCUGUGACUGUCUUGGUCUCUAAAAUGUAAAAAUGGUGUGUUUUGAGUCUGUUAAAUAAAAACUAUGCACUUUUACUGUGCUGAACAUCUGCUACAUAACGUUCCUUUUCGGGUCUAUGCAAAAGGCAUCACAUGGUGUAUUUGUAACAUUAUCUGUAUUGAGCUUGUGUCUUUGCAGCAGUUGGGAGUUCAUUUAUCAGGGUCGAACGGACACCCUGAAAGGUACAUGCAUCAAAAGACCAUAUAUAAGGGGAACUGCCACUAACAGGCUAAUUUAAGAACUGCAGUUAUGUGCAAUAACCCCCAGCAACCAAUUGGAUUCAGUUUACUGGAGUUAAUCAGUAAAAGAUUAAUUCUGGAUGCUGGCAAUCAAUAGUUAGUUUGCACAUUGCUUAAUUAAAUAAGUCUGUAUUUGCCUUACAAUAAGGUCAACUUUGUCCGAGACCAGAAUAUAAAGCAGGAAGGAAGGCUUGUAUACUAUUUAAUGUAGCUCAUCUCUUCCACUAUUCAGCAAAAAGACCUGCCGGAACGGUCAGAUGACUUGGGUUUUACGGUUUUACCUUCUGUUGACCUGACAAUUUAUUGCAGUGCGGUUUAGUUUAAAUUGUUUGCAGAGUUUCCAAAAAAUUUUCCAAAGAAUUUUAUUACCCAGCAAAAAUCGGUUUUCUGUUUUUGUUUUGUGUUCACUUCUUAGGCAUUGAAGUCCUGCUCAUACUGCCACUGGGCUUUCUGGGAAAGACGGUCCGGGCUGUCACCAAUUUGUAUUGGUUUGUACCCCUGUUCCGUCUUUCUUAUCAUAGGACUUUGAUGUGGUCACUGAUAGGACAAAUAUGGGCACAGGAUAAAUUUUGUGUAUUUUGUUUUAUCUGUUUUCAUCUGCAUCAUUCAAAUGUGUGUAGCUUCUAGCAAACUUAGUAAAUGUAAAAAGAAAUAAUAAAUCUGUAGUUGCUUGGUUUGUAAUGAUGGAAAUAUAUUCUGACAUGUAAUAAGAAAAUAAAUUUAUUGGUGCAGUAAUUUACUUCAUACA